AUGCACGCUCACCACGACGGCGGCACAACAGGCGCCUCACGAACACUUGCGAACAAUGCGAGCAGCUUCUAUGGGAGCUUUUUCCCCAAGACGCGCAGCUCCCUACCACCGAUCUUUGCCUCGGUGGGCGGCCGAAGUGAUGUUGUCAAGGCUGCAGACGCCAGGAUUAGAGCUGCUGGCUCCUUCUCGGAGCUGUUGGACAUCGUGCAGGAGGGCCUGGCGCGCUUCGACGAAGGCAGCCUCGUCAUCGCAUUCUGCACUGGAGCAAAAUUGGUGGGUGAGAGGUUGCCAUCCGGGCCAACUUGGAAGGCUUUGCAGGAGAAGCUCCAUCAGGCGGUUGCGCGUUUGGAACCACGGGGCCUGUCCAUGGUGGCAUACGCAAGUGCCAAACUGGCGUGGAGGGAGGAGGCGUUUCUGCUGGACCUUGCAUCGGAGUCGACGAAGAAGGCAGCACACUUCGGUCCCACGGACGUCGCCAAGAUCUGCUGGGGAUUUACGAAGCUGGAGAUGGUGCAGCAGGUUCCGGACUUCUGGACUGCCAUGGAGACAGUGGUGCAGCGCAAGGUGCAAGAGGCUCGCCAUGUCGACCUUUCAAUGAUCGCGUGGGCGUUCGGCAUGGCCGAGCGUGGAAGCUCUGCGAUGUGCGCCGAGAUUUCAAGCGCGGCGCUGCGCUUGAUGCAGGAGUUGACUCCCCAGUGCCUGGCCAAUGUUGCCUUGGUCUUUGCUCGCCUCGGCAUAGAGAACUCAGAGCUCUUCGAGGCAAUCAGAAGGCGAACUCUGUCCCAAGUCCUCGACUUUGCGGACUUUGAUGUCACCAGCCUCUGCUGGGCGAUGGCUCGUGCCGAUGCUGUGGAUUUUGAGCUUUUCGACAAGCUUGCCAAUCACACUGUUUCCUGCGGUUUUGUGAAGCGCUACUCAGCUGAGAUGGCCGCCCAGCUGGCGUGGGCCUUUGCAGUGGCACGGGUGGCCCACGAGCCCUUGUUUUCAGAGCUCUCCGAUUUCAUGGCGCAGCAUGCGAGCGUGUUUGAGGCCCAGUAUGUGGCAAACUUCGCAUGGGCGUAUGCUACGCUGGACAUCGCCGAUGCAUCGGCUUGGCAAGCUGUGGCUCGUGAGUGCAAGGGUGGCAGGCUGUGGCGUUAUCGACCCGACGAGCUGUGUGCGGUUUGUUGGGGAUUUGCGAAAAUUGGCUGGGAGGAUGAGGAGCUCAUCGGUGACAUGGCCCAAGUCGCAUCGCACAGGAUCUCAGAGUUAGAGACCCGCUCCCUGAUCAAUCUGCUCUCGGCGUUUGUUGUGUUAUGCGACCAUCGAGGCACUCUUGACAUGGCGCAGCGCCAGGAAUCGGAUAUAGCUUCGGCGACCUUGGAGCACCAGGAAGAACUGACGUCAGUCCUGGAACGUGGGCUGUCUGAGCUGUCGACGAAGGCGUUGCAGCCUGGGCAGGAGCUGGUGGUGGCAGUUCGCCUCUUCUGCAAAGCUGGAAGAGUGACAGAUGCUUGUCAGCUGUGCUGCCAGAGGACGGACAUGACAACCUGGUCGGUCCUGCUCGCGACGGCAGAGAGGUCGGAUGCAAGCCUCGCAGCGCGGCUUUGGGACCGGCUUGCGGAGGACCUCCCGGAGCCGUUUGCCUCUGCAGUGCGACGAUGCGCUGCAACAUGCCACGGCGUUCGGAUGCAGGAGAGCUACGGCCUGCCCGCGACGCCUCAGCUGGAGGUCUCGGAGCAGUUGCAGCGACUGGCCGGCCUGCUGCGUGGUGCUGAAGCGGGAACUGGUGCUCCAUCGAUGCUAGCUGCGGGUCGGGGCGCACAGUUGGCACGCUUCACAGUGUCGCCACAGUUCGCCUUAGAUAUCCGAGGAGGAGAAGAUGCGCUGGCCUUGGCGAUGGCAGUCAGGUGCCCUGUGUGGUGUCUAGAAGACUCGGCGAUCGUUGCUGCGGGCCUACGGCGCUGCGCUGCUGCAUGGGCACCUAAUCUGGAGGUGCACAUGGGGCCAGCCGAAUAUCUCAUGGAGAAGGUCCUGCAGCGUCGUGGCGCUGGGUGCGUCGAUCUGCUUGUUCUGCACGGAGGUGGGGAAGCCCAGCUGGAGGAUUUCAGACGAGCUGAAGAUCUGCAUCUGCUCAGCCAAGGCUGCCAGCUGCUCAGUGUCGGUGUCAUGUUGCCGGGCGCACCUCGCCUCCUCUGGCAUCUGCACGCCCAUUCUGACUAUGUUUUGGAGGUGCUUGAAGUGAAACAUGAGCCCGACUCGCGCGACAACAAGGGCUGGGUGGCUUCCUGCCGCUGUUGGGGCCGUCAGAAACAGGCAGUCAGCGAGGUCAGCGAGCUGGCGGCACUGAAGGCAGAGUCCGAACAACUCGCACGUCUUUCAGGGUUGAGGACGAAGGACAUGGAGGAGCGUUUCGUCGAGCGCUUCCGGCGAUUCUUGAUCGUCCACAGUCUGUGGCCAAAACGAGGCUGUCUGACAUUGGACACUCCCAGGGGCGUGCUUGAGGCAACCAGGCCCUUUCGUGCCUUUCUGCUGGACGUAGACCCUGGCGAGCGUGCUGUGGGGCUAGAGAAGCUUCUGAUGGAGCGUUUUGGCGACAUGGCGCAGUUUGUCCAGGCAUCUGUGCUCCGAAGCAGCGACGGGACACGAAACUUGAGCGCUCAUGUCUUCCAAGAAUUGGGUAUUGCCGACACAGUGCUUCAGGCUGAAUUCCUUCGAUGGUUUCAGGAUCAUGAACGCGUCGCCGACGUCGUUUUUCCGAUGCCAGCCGAAGCCGGUGCAGGCUUUCUUCGGCCGCCCUCCGAGCCCAUCCUUCCCGCCUCGCAGACCGACCUUCCGAAAGAGAGAUCGUGGGAACGACCUGCAGAUCUUCGAGAGAUGCCGUUUGAAGACUGGCUGGUGUGGAUUGACGCUUCUGGCGAAUUGCUGAGUUACUUGCCGACUGUGCAAGAAAGCUAUGACACAGUUGCACAGAUCGCUCAGACCUACACUUCGGUGGACAAAGCUACCAAGCAGAAAGUGUUGGAUCCGUUGCUUUUCGAGGACCUUGCCAUCACCGAAGCUCAUAGGCCGCUCUUCAAGCAGUGGUUCGUGGAAGUCUGCGGAGUGAUGAUCUGA